AUGGCUACCUCCAAGGCUUUGGAAAGCCGCGACCAGUACACUGUUGGAUGGAUUGCAGCUUUGCCAAUCGAGCGAGCGGCUGCAACCGCCAUGCUCGACGAGCAGCACAAGAAGCCUCUCGAUUUCAUCCAGCCACCGAAUGAUACGAACUCGUACACCUGGGGCCAGAUUGCGGAGCACAAUGUUGUUAUCGCAUUGCUGCCCCUGGGAGUCUAUGGAACAACCUCUGCCGCGACGACUGCAACGCAUAUGCUCUCCUCGUUUCCUCAGAUCCGCGUCGGCCUCAUGGUUGGCAUCGGAGCGGGUAUUCCUCGACCCGACCAAGAAAUCGACAUUCGGCUCGGUGACAUCGUCAUCAGUCAGCCAUCCGGUAGAAGCGGCGGCGUUAUCCAGUACGACUUUGGAAAAGCUAAGACGGGAGACCGAUUCGAGCGUACAGGAUCCUUGAAUUCGCCACCUCAAGCUCUCCUCAAUGCAUUAGCUGCGCUCCAGGCCCAGCAUGAGUUCGGGUCCAAAAUUCCAAAGAUUCUGCAAGACAUGCUGGAGAAGCAUCCUCAACUAGCAAGAGCAACCCCAAGAAAACCUAGCUACGCUUACCAAGGACGAGAGCACGAUAAGCUAUUUAAUCCAGCGUACGAACAUACCCAGGGCAAGAACUGUGACAAGUGCGACUCAGAACAGGAAGUUAAACGCGAGGAACGCGAGCUACUUGAUCCAGAGAUCUACUACGGCCUUAUCGCUUCUGGAAACAAGUUGAUAAGAGACGUCACUACAAGAGACUCUAUCCUGAGUGAGCUUGAUGACAAUUGCAUCUGUUUCGAGAUGGAAGCAGCCGGCCUGAUGAACAACUUCCCCUGCAUUGUAGUGCGAGGUAUUUGCGAUUAUGCUGACUCACACAAGAAUGACCGUUGGCAGAGAUAUGCGGCUGCAACAGCUGCUGCAUACGCAAAAGAGUUUCUAGGUGUCGUCCCUGGGGAAGAUGUGGAGAGGACGCGGAGAGCAGCGGAAAUGAUCGAGAACAUUUCAUACAAUGUAAAGGAAACAAAGGACGGUGUCGAGAGGUUGUCCUUGCAAACCCGACAGCAGAAAAUUGACAAGUGGUUGUCUCCAUCACAUCCGUCAACGAAUUACAACAAAGCUACAGACCAACGUCACCAAGGCUCGGGUCAGUGGUUUCUUCAAAGCGAGGCAUAUUUAGCGUGGAAAAAAGAGCAAAACUCGUUUUUGUGGCUCCAUGGUAUUCCUGGAUGCGGCAAAACGAUCCUCAGUUCCACUGUCGUCGAGGAUUUGGAGAGAAGCGAAGCCUGCUCUCAAACCCUCCUUUAUUUCUACUUUGACUUUACCGAUAGGGAUAAACAGUCUCUCGAGGACGCAGUACGCUCUCUCAUCAGUCAGCUUUACUACAGGAAGGAGAAUGUCCGAAGGCACCUCGACUCACUCUACUCCUCUUGCGAAAAUGGAAAGCGGCAGCCAAACAUAGCAUCACUGCGUACAACCUUACAGAACAUGAUUCAGCAAGCUGAUGAAGUCUGGCUUGUUCUCGAUGCGCUAGACGAGUGUCCAAUACGGUCGGGAUACCCAACUGGCGGACUACUUCCGUGGAUUCACAGCCUUCGAGACACCCAGAUGAAUGUUCACCUUCUUGUUACAAGCCGACCGGAACAAGACAUUGAGUCUACUAUCGAGAAGUGGGCCCGCAAAGAAGAUAUCAUCCCCAUACAGGGCGAUUUAAUAGCGGAAGACAUACGCGCAUAUGUCCGCACAAGAGUCAGAGAACACGAAGGUCUGAGCAGGUGGAAGUCAAGACCGGAUAUACGAAGCGAGAUCGAAGUUGCUCUAAUAGAGAAGUCUAAUGGAAUGUUUCGAUGGGUUUCUUGUCAGCUUGAUGCUUUGGAAAAGUGUUGCGACCCCAGGACUUUACGAACAGCACUGAACACCUUGCCGAAAACAUUGGACGAGACGUAUGCUCGAAUACUGAAAGAUAUACCGCAUGAGCACCUGGGUCACACAACCCGGAUUUUGCAGUUCUUAACUUUCGGUGAACGACCCUUACGAAUUACCGAGGCUGUUGAUUUAAUCACGGUAGAUACGUCAAACACGCCUAGGUUCGAUCCAAAGAACCGAAUGCCAGUUCCAAAGGAGAUAUCGAGGUACUGCUCCAGCUUAGUAGUUAUCACGAGAAGAGACAGCUACGAUGAAAAACAGAUGGUCCCUGAGAUACAGCUCGCGCAUUUUUCAGUUAAAGAAUACCUAACCUCAAACCGACUGGAAAAGGAUAUCAGUAAAUACUUCGAGGAGACCUUUGCUAGAGCCGCUAUCGCAGAGAUCUGCCUAGGAUAUUUACUAGAGUUGGAUCAGAACCUCACAACUAAGGAAAUACGGCAAUCAUUCUCAUUAGCGCAGUAUUCAGCGCAGUACUGGAUAAGCCAUGCUGUGGUAGCCGAGAGCUGUAGCCACACAGUGCGUACUCUAGUAAUGGAGUUGUUUUCGCAUGAAAGCACCUACGAAACUUGCUACAUGUUAUACAAUCCCGACAUUCGGUGGAAUAACGACCCUAGUAAAGAUGAUUUAGCAUUUCCAUUAUACUACGCUUCGCUGGCUGGGCUAAUAUAUGCCGUUCAGAGACUAAUCGAGAAGAACGCCGACGUUAACGCCCAGGGUGGAGAAUACGGCAAUGCCCUCCAAGCUGCUUCAUAUAGAGGACACGAGAAAGUGGUUCAGAUACUACUCGAGAAGAACGCCGACGUUAACGCCCAGGGUGGACCCUACGGUAAUGCCCUCCAAGCUGCUUCAUCGGAAGGACACGAGAAAGUGGUUCAGAUACUACUCGAGAAGAACGCCGACGUUAACGCCCAGGGUGGACCCUACGGUAAUGCCCUCCAAGCUGCUUCAUCGGAAGGACACGAGAAAGUGGUUCAGAUACUACUCGAGAAGAACGCCGACGUUAACGCCCAGGGUGGACACUACGGCAAUGCCCUCCAAGCUUCUUCAUCGGGAGGACACGAGAAUGUGGUUCAGAUACUACUCGAGAAGAACGCCGACGUUAACGCCCAUGGUGGAUUCUACGGUAAUGCCCUCCAAGCUGCUUCAUAUAGAGGACACGAGAAAGUGGUUCAGAUACUACUCGAGAAGAACGCCGACGUUAACGCCCAGGGUGGAGAAUACGGUAAUGCCCUCCAAGCUGCUUCAUAUAGAGGACACGAGAAAGUGGUUCAGAUACUACUCGAGAAGAACGCCGACGUUAACGCCCAUGGUGGAUUCUACGGUAAUGCCCUCCAAGCUGCUUCAUUGGGAGGACACGAGAAAGUGGUUCAGAUACUACUCGAGAAGAACGCCGACGUUAACGCCCAGGGUAGACCCUACGGUAAUGCCCUCCAAGCUGCUUCAUAUAGAGGACACGAGAAAGUGGUUCAGAUACUACUCGAGAAGAACGCCGACGUUAACGCCCAGGGUGGAUACUACGGUAAUGCCCUCCAAGCUGCUUCAUUGGGAGGACACGAGAAAGUGGUUCAGAUACUACUCGAGAAGAACGCCGACGUUAACGCCCAGGGUGGACACUACGGCAAUGCCCUCCAAGCUUCUUCAUCGGGAGGACACGAGAAUGUGGUUCAGAUACUAAUCGAGAAGAACGCCGACGUUAACGCCCAGGGUGGACUCUACGGCAAUGCCCUCCAAGCUGCUUCAUAUAGAGGACACGAGAAAGUGGUUCAGAUACUACUCGAGAAGAACGCCGACGUUAACGCCCAGGGUGGAUUCUACGGCAAUGCCCUCCAAGCUGCUUCAUCGGGAGGACACGAGAAUGUGGUUCAGAUACUACUCGAGAAGAACGCCGACGUUAACGCCCAGGGUGGACUCUACGGUAAUGCCCUCCAAGCUGCUUCAUUGGGAGGACACGAGAAAGUGGUUCAGAUACUACUCGAGAAGAACGCCGACGUUAACGCCCAUGGUGGAUUCUACGGUAAUGCCCUCCAAGCUGCUUCAUAUAGAGGACACGAGAAAGUGGUUCAGAUACUACUCGAGAAGAACGCCGACGUUAACGCCCAGGGUGGACCCUACGGUAAUGCCCUCCAAGCUGCUUCAUCGGAAGGACACGAGAAAGUGGUUCAGAUACUACUCGAGAAGAACGCCGACGUUAACGCCCAGGGUGGACACUACGGCAAUGCCCUCCAAGCUGCUUCAUCGGAAGGACACGAGAAAGUGGUUCAGAUACUACUCGAGAAGAACGCCGACGUUAACGCCCAGGGUGGAUACUACGGCAAUGCCCUCCAAGCUUCUUCAUCGGGAGGACACGAGAAAGUGGUUCAGAUACUACUCGAGAAGAACGCCGACGUUAACGCCCAGGGUGGAGAAUACGGUAAUGCCCUCCAAGCUGCUUCAUCGGGAGGACACGAGAAUGUGGUUCAGAUACUACUUAAUAAGGGGGCCGAUCUCACAGUUACAAAUAGUACCGGGUGGACGCCACUGAAUUUAGCCUCAGAUAGUGGACACGUCGAGGUGGUCAAAUUGCUACUUGAGAAGGGAGCCGACGUACGAACCACAGACAGACACUGGCAAACGCCUCUUAUAUUAUCCGCGUCAAAAGGACAUAAUGCUGUAGUAGAGCUACUACUUACGCGACAUGUCAACAUCAAUGGGACUGACGUUCUUGGGAAAUCAGCACUACUAUGGGCUGCAAAAGGGAAUCACAAAGAAACAGUCCGGAUACUACUUUCACAAGAUGGUAUAAAUCCAGACUUAGGAGAUAAUAAAGGCCGCACAGCACUCUCUUGGGCAGCCGGUAAGGGUUAUGAAGGUGUAAUGGAACUUCUACUUCAGAACCAAAUGGUGAAAAAAAAUUCACGAGAUGGGAAUGGUUGUACGCCCUUAAUAUGGGCUGCCUGGAAAUCCUAUGCAGGCGCAGUGGAAAUGCUUGUUCGCUACGGUUCUCGUCCCUGCCAUGCAGACAGAGACAGGAUUCGAGGAGUUUAUGGGGAUGGUGGGACUUACAGAAGACCAAGACCUGUUUGGGCUGCAAGCUCUAUUUGA